UAAAGUGUUCGCUCAACGUUUUCGUUCACGUUUUCGUCGAUAUGAAUGCUCCUCCAACGUUUGAGUCGUUCUUGCUGUUUGAGGGAGAGAAAAAGAUCACUGUGACAAAGGACACAAAAGUUCCUAAUGCAGCUGUCUUCACAGUUAUGAAGGAGGACCAUACACUCGGAAAUCUAAUCACAAUGCAACUGCACAAGGAUCCGCAGGUGUUGUUUGCUGGUUACAAAGUUCCUCAUCCAUUAGAGCACAAGUUUGUACUCCGUGUUCAAACGACAGCUGAUUACACUCCCCAAGAGGCAUUUACGAAUGCAGUUACCGACCUCGUCAGUGAGCUAUCGUUACUGGAGGAGAGAUUCAAGGAGGCGGUUCGUGAAAAGCAAGAGGGCUUGGACUGACAACUGCUAUGGCCUUGUUGGGUUACUGUGUAUAGUGUAAGAUGUGUAAAAAUGUGUUCCCAUAUAUCUUGUAUAAUGCUAUAGUUUUAUAUAAUAGGUAUUAUAUUUAAUACAAUUGAUCGGACCGAUUCUUAAAACAUCGCAGUUAAAUAAUGUUGUCCACAUCGUUGAGUGUAGGUUUAUGAAAACUCAUGAAUGGCAAAAGAAACUUGUCCAGUGUUAGUUGGUCUUUUUGACAAAAAUGUGCCAUUAAUUUUGAAUUGAAUAUUUGCAAUCAUGUAUGUAUAUAUUAUACCAGAAGUUUAUUCUGUUUAUACAUCAUUUUCAUGAAUGUGUGUUUUAAUGCACAGAAGUUCAAUGCAUUGACAGUAAAACAAAGUAAGAAUUGAUAGUUUGAUAUUACUAUUGCAUCUACUGUUUAUUCAAUGCUACGUGUGCAAUAAAAACAAAACAAACACGA